AUGGCAGCCCCCCAAUUUCUUAACGCGCCCAUUAUCCUUUUGAAGGAAGGCACCGACACUUCACAAGGACGUCCUCAAAUCAUUUCCAAUAUCAAUGCAUGCCAGGCGAUUGUCGAUAUUGUCCGAACAACAUUAGGACCACGUGGAAUGGACAAACUGAUUUAUGACGACCAUCGCGUCACAAUCACGAAUGACGGAGCGACUGUCGUUGAUCUUCUGAAUGUCGUUCAUCCAGCCGCAAGGGUCUUAGUCGAUCUCGCAAAAGCUCAAGAUGAUGAAGUUGGCGAUGGGACAACGUCUGUUGUGCUUCUCACAGGUGAAUUUCUCACUGAAGCAAAAAAUUUCAUUGAGGAUGGGAUGGCGCCUCAAGUUGUUAUCAAAGGAUUCCAAACAGCCUGCAAACUUGCAAUUGAAAAGCUCAAAGAAAUUCAAGUCUCACUUGCUGACAAGGAUGAAGGAGAACGAAGACUUCUUUUGGAACGUUGCGCCCAAACCACCUUGAAUUCUAAACUUGUUGCUGGAUACAAACAAAUGUUUGCCAAGAUGGUGGUCGAUACGGUUUUGAUGCUGGAUACAUCACUCGAUAAGACAAUGAUUGGGAUUAAGGUGUCUGGUGGUUCUGUCAUGGAUUCAAUGCUCGUCGAUGGCGUUGCUUUCAAGAAAACAUUCAGUUACGCUGGAUUUGAACAACAACCGAAAAAAUUUGAAAAUCCGAGAAUUUUGUUGUUGAAUUUAGAAUUAGAAUUAAAAGGAAAAGAAAAUGCCGAAGUUCGAAUUGAAAAUCCCUCGGAUUAUCAAUCUAUAGUUGACGCUGAAUGGAAAAUCAUUUAUGGGAAGCUUGACAAGAUUGUUUCAACUGGAGCUCAAGUCGUUCUCAGCAGACUUCCCAUUGGGGAUUUAGCAACGCAGUAUUUCGCUGAUAGGGAUAUUUUCUGUGCUGGCCGGGUUGAAGAGUCAGAUAUGAAACGGACAGCUCGAGCGACUGGGGCUCAGAUUCAAACAACAGUUACCAACGUGUCGCUCGACGUACUUGGAACGUGUGGAAUUUUCGAGGAAAUUCAAAUUGGUUCAGAAAGAUACAAUCUCUUCAAAAAUUGUCCUCGUGCAAAAUCUGCAACGCUCAUUCUACGUGGUGGCGCGCAACAAUUCAUUGAUGAGGCGGAAAGAAGUCUUAAUGACGCAAUUAUGAUUGUGAGACGAGCCGUGAAGACGAACUCCAUUGUGGGGGGUGGCGGUUCUGUUGAGAUGGAACUCAGUCGUGCUCUCAGGGAGCACAGCCGGUCCAUCAGUGGGAAGCAGCAGUUGUUAAUCAAUGCAUAUGCAAAGGCGCUCGAAUGCAUUCCCAAAGCUUUGGCUUCAAAUAGCGGUCUGGACCAGACGGACAUUCUGAACAGGCUGAGACACAGGCACCACGAAGGAAAGCUUGAAAAUCGUUGGUUUGGUGUGGAUUGCUCUGAUGGUGGAAUUUGUAACGCGUUUGAAAGGUUCAUAUGGGAGCCUUCCCUUGUUAAGUUACACGCCAUUCAAGCGGCCACUGAGGCUACUUGUGUUAUUCUCUCGAUUGAUGAAACAGUCCGCAAUCCUAAAAGCAAUCCAGAACCUCAAAAUCAAAUGCCAGCUGGAAGAGGAAGAGGUCAGUCAAGACGAGGAAGCUAA